GAAUGAUCUGAAUUGUUGGUCCAGUUUGGGGCUCAUGAUGGGGACCACGCAGAUAUCUCUUUGUGUGCUUCUUAGUUGUUUUAUUGCUGUUCAGUCUGUUCUGUAUCACAAUGGCAGAUUCACCCAGGAUUUUGUGGGAGUUUAUGAAAAUCGAGUGCCUUUUUCAUUUGGAAGAAACUUUGAUUUUACUCCGCAAGACACAAUCUUCAGCUCCUGGCGAUCCUGGAGCCCUGACUUUCACAGGCUAGCUGGACUCUCUCCCUUCCUCAGUGUUCCCAGAGUACAGGUGUAUUGUGAUGCAUCGACACUAACCGUGCUGGUUGAUAAGAGUGUCGGUGGUCUCAAACUGACUGGAGAGGAAAUACAGCUGGGCAAUGGCUGCUUCAGCAAUGGAGAGCUUGCAAAUGAAUUUGUCUUCACUUAUGGUUUUGAUGAAUGUGGAACUGCACCUAUGGUGGAGGACGACUUGGAGGUGUUCACCAACACCCUGUUCUUGAAUUUAAGAAGAAUUUCUCCCACCUGGUGGAAAACCCCCUCUGCAGUCCACGUGUUCUGUGUUGCAAAAAGGUUGAAAAAUAUGCCAAAGUUUAGCGACACAACGCUUCCUGAAAAUGAUGACAUUAGCAUCAAAGCCAUGAGUCCGUCCUGGACGAGCGCAGCACAGUCAAAUGUCUACAAAAGAGGCCAGGCUGUCAAUCUUCAGGUUUUGGCUAAAACCGGAACAAAUCAACAGGUUUUCAUCAAGUCCUGCUUUGUCUCUGUGUUCCCUGAGCCUCGGGCCAAACCAAGGCAAAGAGUCAUAUUUAACAAAGGGUGCGUAACCCCAGUGGGUUCCUCCACUACUAUAGUGACGUUUGUAGCCUCCAACACAGCAGAUGCGGUUAAUUUUGUUCUGAACACGUCUUAUCUCAUUUCUGAGUUGUAUAUCCACUGUAGCGUGCUGAUCUCAGGCCAAGGUGUCACCCCUGGCUCUAAGUCCUGCAACUACAAUGUGAUUGAAUCAAGAUGGGAGGAACUAAGUGGUGAUUUGGAGGCAUGUGAGUGCUGUAGCUCAAGGUGUAAAGGCAAAAACCGUCCUGGUGAUGCCAAAGCAAUGGUCAGCACUGGUCCCUUUGUCAUUGUUGAUGAAGAUGGUGAGAGAACUCCUCUGCCUUCAGUCUCCGAACAAGAAACUGCUAACAUCCCAAACUCCAUGCAGUCUGCUCUUCCAGAUCCUGCUGAUGUGAUAGUUUCUGCUGCUUCUAUUCCAAGAAGCAAAUUCAAUGCUGGCCCAGAGGGUGUAGUGGUUGUGAGUCAGGACCCUGCCACCAGGCUGACGCUUUGGCUACCUGAACAGGUGCCUCCUCAGUCUGACUCGAAUGAUACUCCCACACUGCGUUCUUCAACCACAGAUCAUGAACCUCAUCUGAAUCCAACCAAUGAGAUCAAAGGUCAAAGUUUCAGUAGUCUUUCUCCGUCAACUAUGAAUUUGCCAAUUAUGGUUAACGGGUGGAAGAUUCCUCCACAACCAGCAAUUCCAGAGGACUUGAAAAGAAAAAGCCGGUCUGGAAGAUCUGGGAACUUUGACAGCAAAGAGGAACCGGUUGACUUUUCUCUGCCAGCUGAGAUUAGUGUAAAGUACCUUAUGCUGAUUAAAGGGCCAAAUCCAGCAGAAUUGGACAAGACAGCUGCUGUAGAGGAAUCCCAAAGUGAAAAAUGGCUGCAGAAUGAGAUUAAGCACCCAAACCGUGAUGACCUGCCCCAGAUGCUGACCGAUGGUGCUGUGAUGCCUGAAGGAACACAGGAAAUCCCACCAAUAACACGCUCCAAACUCACCUUUUCCAAAGCUGCUGAUGGGUCGCAGACGCUGAGUUAUGAGGAAGAGGCAGUGGUGCAGAAGAAAAGUCCAGUGGAAAGAAAACAGUUGAAACUAAAGGGGCUGCAAUCAACUUUCUUGAAUUUGUUGUGGAGGAUGAAGAAUGCAGAAUAACCACGGCUUACUUUAAACUUGUACUUGAGAUAAAUAAAACUGAUGUACACUAA